AUGAAAAUUCUAUUGAAUUUAUUACCUCCUAAUGUUUUGUUGAGUGUAGGUAAUUACAACAAUUAUGAGAAUGCAGGUGAUCUUUGGAAAAAGGUCAUUGCAUUCCAUGAAGAUUCUACAAAACUCCAAGGAGUGGAGGAGCCCAAGGAGAAGAGCUCAUUGGUUCAAGAGGAAAAUGACCAAUCGGAUGUUGGCACGUGCUCAACAUCCGAGGAGGAGAAGGAAUAUGAGGAGAUAUGGUUGAUGCUUCAAAUAGUAGUUCUUUAUCCAUAUUCUAUUCCUGCAAGAUUGAGUGAUCCAGCAUGGAAAUAUGGGAUAGCAGUGGAAGGACACUGUAGUACUAUCAUUUGUGUCAUUUGCAACAAAACAAUCAGAGGAGGAGGUAUUACACGCCUCAAAUAUCAUCUAGCUGGAAUAGAAGGAAAUGUUGAAGCUUAUACGAAAGUUUCUGAUGAUGUGAAGUGGCAAAUGAAGCAACUAAUUAAUAGCUUGAAUAAAAAACAAGAGCAAAGGAAGCGAUUGAGAAAUGAAAUUGGAGGUUCUAGUAGUGCAUCUGUCAAUGAUCGGGAAGAACUUGUAAUGGAUAUUCCUUCUUCUACUCUUGGAGGAAGUUCUAACCUAAAUGCAAGAUGUAGCAGUCAAAGUGGAUCAAAAGCAAAGCCUCAAAGCUUUUUUCCUCCUAGAACAACACAAGGGGCACAACCUAUGAUUAGAAGUGCACUUGCCACAAAAGAAUCAGUUCAUAAUGCAACCAUGGCUAUGGCAAGAUGGUGGUAUCAUGCUAAUAUUUCAUUCAAUGCAGCAAAAUCAAAUUGUUAUCAACCAAUGGUGGAUGCUAUCACUUCAAUUGGCCCUGGGUUUAAAGCACCAUCUUAUCAUGAUUUGAGGUGCAAUCUUUUGAGGGAGGUGGUUCAUGAUGUCAAUGUUUAUCUCUUAGGGAUUAAGAAAGAAUGGGAGGUUUAUGGAUGCUCCAUUAUGGCUGAUGGGUGGACAAAUCAAAGGCAAGAGCCAAUUAUAAACUUCUUAAUGUAUUGUCCAAAAGGUACCAUGUUUCUAAAAUCUAUUAACACAUCAGGCCUUAGGAAGGACAAAGAUACUUUACUUAAGAUCUUUGAUCAAGUUGUUCAUGAGGUGGGGGUAGAAAAUGUGGUUCAGUUCAUUACUGAUAAUGAUGCAAGUUACAAAGCUGCUGGGAAAGCAUUACAACAAAGAUGCAAGAUAUUUUCAUUUAAUUGA